AUGGUUGCAGAUGCAGAAUCUGCUCCGGUGAUGGAUCUUCCUAGUCCUACAACGGGACUUAUGAAAAGCCCAGCCGCUGGUGCAAGUCUUCCGGAGUCUUCAGCUGUUCCGGGUGAUGAGGAGCGAGUUGACUAUGACGACUCCCCAGCUGGUGAUGCAGUUGACAGAGAUAGAGGUGAUGAGGACGCUGAUGUUGGCAACAUGUCAGGUGAAGGUUCACCUACUCCCGGGACUACUUCAGCUGCUCCUUUAGAGCAAGAACCUGCGCAAGUGUCGGCUCCUUUAGAAGAGCAACAUUUACCUGGUUCUCCUACGGCGACUGUUCCGCCUGUAGCGUUGCCUGAAACCACUGCCGCUACUCCUCCUCCGGAACAACAGCUCAUGCAGGUAUCAGCCCCUAUGCAAGAGCAACCCCUGCCUGACUCUUCUGUAGUAGCUGCUUCACCAAAAGCGGUGAUGAAGAUCUCACUCACCCCAACGGAGGCUGGGCCUAGCUCUUCUCAAGCGAAAGCAUUGAUGGCUUUGACCUCAAGCCCUUCGCAAUUGAACAUUUCAAUCGCCUCUGCAGCUUCAGCACCUGGAUCGCCUGCUAGUCAUCAUCUUAACGCCUCCAUCUCAGCUGCUGAAGGGGUAUCUUCAGGUGCAAUUGCUGAUGCUGGGCAGUAUCGGUAG